AUGGCCAGCAUAGGCGACAAUGUCAUAGUCAAUGGACACUCAGCCACGGUGAAGUUCAUCGGCACCACGGAUUUCGCAACUGGGACGUGGUACGGGCUGGAGCUGGACCAGCCCUUCGGCAAGAACAAUGGAGCUGUGCAAGGACGCCAGUACUUCACCACAAGCAAGAGCGACGGCAACUAUGGCCUGUUCUGCAGAGCCCACCAGUUGCAGCUAUCGGCAACACAGAGCGAGACUCACCGGUUGAAGAACAUCAUAGCAGUGCUGGAAGCCAAACUGUCGCAAUAUAUUGAGCAAGUGCGUGACAGAGAAGAGUUGCAAGCCGUGGCUACAAAGAGAGGCGAGCAAUGUAGGGAGCUACAAGACAUUGUGGAGAAGCUAACUCUACGCGAGCAGGACUCGCUGGAUAAAACGUCGCAACUAUCACAUCAGUUGCAAUUACUUAAGGUUGAAAAUGAUCGCCUAACUAAGCUGCUAAGUUAUUAUGAGCAAAAAUACUCAUUGAACGCCGCUGAAUCAGAACAUAUACUUAGUGUAUUUGAUGUAAAGGAGGAGAAUAGACGUUUGAGGGAAGAGGUUGACAAGCUAGAGAAAGUUAUUAAAUCAGAUAAUGCGAGCAAGGAAAGCCUUACAAGAGAUAAUUUAAAUACUAGUGACAAUGAUACUACUGAAAUCAUUGAUCAAAGCUUCGAAAGUGUCAGUAAUGAACAUAUAGUGACUAGGUUAACCAUAGAAAAUACCGAACUAAUUGAUCUAGUUGAUCAACAAGCAACUGAAAUGGAUAAAUUAAAGCGCUUACAAACUUUAGCUGACGAAAUCGAAGUCGAAUCGCAAAAACAGAUUACAGAACUAAAACAAGAAUUAUUUAAUUCUCAUAAACAUAAUUCGGAGAUUAUGGAGGAAAGAGAUCUGCUUAGACAAUCUGUUUUAACUUAUGAGAUGGAAUUGAAAGGUUUGAAAGGUAAUGCGGUAUCAGAUUUUAACAAUAAUAUAAUAGAAUUAAUGAAUACAUUGUAUGGAGAGAGCAAUAUAUUUGAUACAUGUCUAACAAGGCUUUAUGCUACUGUUUAUAUCAACCGUAUCAAAGAAAACACUGCUGAUGAUGACUAUAAGGCCAUUGUGCUUGUUUUAAUUCUUAUAAAAGAGCUUUGUCAAAUUAUUUUGCUUUCAAAUAAUGUAGAUAAAGUUUUAGUGAGUCAGAUAAGUGAUCUGCGGGUUCCUUACAGAGUGUACAACGCACUAAGCUCGGGUCAAGUAAUUGCUUUUGAAUCUUUAAAUUUUCUAAUGAACAGAAUGAUGGCUAUAUCUGGAAGAUGCGAAAGUAUUAAUCUGGUUAACGCCAUCUUUAAAACUCUAAAAGCCUUUAGCGACAGCAUAGAAGAUUUUGAUUUAAAGUACCAGAUUGAUCAAGACUUUGAUAACCUGGAUCUCGCCCUUGAAGGGCAAACUAGCCUUAGCUUAAGUUGGAAGGACGUUGGUAUGAUAUUUAAAGAAUUUGAUGCAUAUCUAGCACGCAAAUGUUCUCUGCCUACUAUAACUGAGAAGUUUUUACAUAUGCUGAUAACUGUGAAUAAUUCUAAUUCCUCCAAAAAUACACCGAUUACGAUUAUGCAUAAUAAUUCUGAUUUUGAAGAGGAAUCACAAAGCUCUUUGGGUGAUUCAAAGGAUAAUUCUUUAAAACAAAGACUACUUUCAAUGGAAGAACGUUUGGAAAAGGAGCAAAGGGAGACGAAAAAGCUACUAAUAAGAAAUAAAUUACUUGAGCAAAAGUAUGAAAAUAUAAAUAGACUGGAGUCUGAGAUUAAAUCUUCAAAGAUUGAGACAAGAAAAUACCUGGAUAAUAUAAGUGCUUUGGAGGAUCGGGUGACGCGCCUACAAAUAGAGAAACAAAACUUACUGAAAACAGUCACCGCUUAUAAAACCCAGAAAUAUCAAUUAAUUCCAGAAAAGAUGGACAAUAAUAUAAUUACAAAGUCAGAACUGCUUUCUGUAAAACAUUUGGAAGAUUUGAAUAUUGUAAUUAAUCAAUCGAGGACAAAAAAGAGGUUGCUAUGUGAUUUGACUUGGUUGAAAGAACACAAUGAUGAACCGAUCGAUAAAUGUUCAAUGAAAGGGUAUCAUGAGGCUCUCAAUUUUGUUAAUUCGAUUGUAUCGUAG